AUGAGGGGUUUCAUUCGAAUCGCGAUCGAUCGUUUGCACGGCCUCGGUGCCGCGCGAAAAGCGGCCUCAGCAGUGGCAUUCAGUUCGAGUCCUUACCUCCUGUCCCCCUCCAUGGGCACGGUUUUCAGCUGUCACGGUCGCGGUUGGACGCCGUCCAACCAGAGGCACGGCCCAAAGCCGGACACGCGCCUCUGCGAGCUGCUGAAGACGGCGGCCAGCUCGCUGUACCUCGAGAAGACAGAGGCCUCGUCGAUAACGCUGACGCGAUUUCUGACGCCCAGUCUCCGAGACGACGCCACGGCGCCCAUGGGCCCGGCCUCCUCGAGUCUCUCCGACAAGUCGGGCGCCAAAGAGGCGGUCGUCAGCCUGGACGAGAUCACGGCCAACCGAACGCCGAGCUGCCUGAGCGUCAGUCUGCCGCCGGGCCGAGACCGGCUCGUGGUGAAGAUCGUCAACCCCGAGCCGUGUGGAGAGGAGCCGAGUCCGGCGAGCCCGGCCGGCUACUCCAUCCUGCCCCGGAGGGGCCGGGAGCUCGGCUGCGUGGCCGGCUCUGAGUCCGACUCCGACUCCGACGCGGACUCCGCCUCCGUCUCCGUCUCCGCCUCUUCAUCCGCCUCCGCCUCCGCGUCCGGGUCCGUGCCCGAGUCCGAGUCCGAGACCGAGUCCGAGCCCGAGCCAGAGUCCGGGUUCAAGUCGGUGGCCGCGCCUACGCCGGGCCAGGCUUCGGCGCCGACACCGGCGCCGGCGCCGGCGCUGGGGCUCGGCAACACCGGCGACCUCGUCUCGCGGGCCAGCAGCGCCAGAAGCGACAGCGAGUCGGUGCUCCGCAGCGCCGUCGACCGGCGUCUGCCGCGGCCCUAUUCGCUGCCAUCGUGCACCGGAAAGUCGAGUCCCGCCAAGCGG